AUGGAACCAUUCACUAUUCACUAUUUGGGAGUUAUGACCAUGGAUUAUUUGGCGAUCGUUGAUGAAUAUCCAAUUCCGAAUAGCAAGAAUAGAACACGCUCGAUGGAGAUGCAUGGUGGAGGAAAUGCUGCCAAUGUUGUAUUUGAUUUAAUACGAAUGAUGAUCCCACCAUUGACUGCUGCAGUUAAGAACCAAGAACAACAACUCACCAUCCAUGAUGAUCCCAACAAUACGGACAUGAUCAUGAUCAAAAUUGGAACAGAUGUGGUCGGAAAGGCUAUUUAUGAAGAAUUUGCCAAGUUAUGCUCAGAUGUGAAACACACACCAAUUGAACUUAAUUUAAAUAGUAUUGUAAGAUCUCCCUUUGCUCAAAGCUCAUUUAGUUAUAUCAUGAUUACUCCUAACAAGCAGCAAGGAAAUGAUAGAACCAUUAUUAAUACCCCACUCUCUGAAGAGUUUUCAUUUGAUGAGCUUUCCCAGCAACAACAACAUGGACCCUCUUCCAAAAUCAUUGACAUUUUGUUUAUAGAUGGACGAUAUUCUUCGGUGGCAGUUUCGUAUGUGAAUACUCACAAGCCAAAGUGUGUCAUUAUGGAAUGUGAAAGGAUGAGGCCGAUUCCAGAGUUGAACACAUUCCUAGAGUUAAUGACCCUGUCACACAUUCUUUUGUUGUCUGAAAAUUUUCCAAUCGAAUAUUUAAAUCAUAUCACUCACAAUUCGGACGUUCAUGAUUCAUCAUUGAAAAGAUGGAUUGAGAACAGUAUUUCUCACGAUGGAUAUGAUGCAAGAUUGAUAUCCAUGCACAUUCUAUUUUCUAAACUUUCUGGAUCUAUCGGUAUGAUACCCUACAAAGAAGAAUAUUCUGGCGUAACAAAAAGCAUCAAGACCAUCGAGCAACUCAUUCAAGACAGUGAUCAUGUCAUCAGCACAAGCUCACAUCAGAGUGAUGUAUAUCCUCAAACAGUACUGUCCACAUUUUCAUUCGAAGGGCCAAAGAGCGAAAAGUUCGACUAUGUCAUAAUUUAUUGCCCAAGCUAUCAGGAUCCUCAAUUUCCAACUAUUGUGGACACCACCGGUGCUGGUGAUUCUUUCAAUGCAAGCGUAAUAUAUUGUCUUUCGAGAUUACUUAUUGGAGAAGAAGAGACCAAUUUCACAAUCCAUGAACUGUCAAAGUCUUUAAAGUUCUCGAAUAUUGCGGCCUUUUAUACAUGUACUGGCGUCGGUGCGAGAGCCACAGGAAUUGACCAUGAAAAAGCAGAAAAAUUGUGGAACGAAUUAGACGACAAGUUAUUAGCGUUUUUGGUGUGUAUUCCAUGGUUAGAGACUGGAAUGAGAGAUGUCUUAUUUCUGUAUGAUUGCUCAACUUCUAUCGACAAGGUGAAAGAAAGUUUGUUGAAUAGACUCGCCACAUUCAGCGACAUGUUGGGAAGUGACGAUCUUUUGUCGAUUUAUGGAGAAAAUGGUGCACCAUUUAUCACAAGUAUAUCUUAUAUCACGAGAUUAAAUUAUGUAAAAUUUUUUAGGUCAAGCACUUCAAAACGAAAAAAGUUGUUUCCACCUUUGAAGAAUAAACUUGCCACAAAUGCAAAUCAAUAA